AUGCUGCUCAGAGGAUUACGAGCUUGUGCUGAGUCUACCUCGAAGCCGCGCACGACAAACUUGGAUCGAAUUUCGAAGACCACCAAGGAGUUGUUGGAAAGAAGGAGGACUUUGAGGCUUGAUCCAAAUGCAUCGCACAUUGAGCGGCAGAAGAAGAUUCUGGAAGCAGCACGAAGAAGAAUGAGUCUAAAGAAGUGCCGCAGGGAUCUCCGCGAAUAUAAUAUUCCGCUAGCAACCUUGCUGAGCGAAGACGAGACUCGCACAUCUUCUCGUCAUGGAAAUCAUUACGGAGAGAGCAUGAAUCCUGGCACAGCCCUUGGACCUGAUUUCAUAUCAGCAGACUUUCUUCGGGCUGGUGGCCAUCCACUUCAAGUAAUCUUAGCAGCGCACAUCCUACCUUCAGAAAGAAAGGAUCCUAGACCAGUGGAAGACCUCGCGAACCGUUCUCCAUAA